AUGCACCGCCUCCGCCGUGUCCGCCACCUGCAGGGGGGGGGGAUGGGGGGAGGGGAUGGGGAGGCGGAGGGGGGAGAGCGGAUGGGGGAUGCCAAAUCAGGUGCAGUGUUGCAUGCGUGCACGCAGGCAGUGCGCAGCGCUUGGGGGGGCGCACCUCCGAUUGGGGGGGCGCACCUCAGCGCGGGUGGGGAUGGGGAACUCGAUCACACCUCAGCGCGGGUGGGGAUGGGGAACUCGAUCACACCUCAGCGCGGCGCGGGUGGGGAUGGGGAACUCGAUCACACCUCAGCGCGGGUGGGGAUGGGGAACUCGAUCACACCUCAGCGCGGGUGGGGAUGGGGAACUCGAUCACACCUCAGCGCGGGUGGGGAUGGGGAACUCGAUCACACCUCAGCGCGGGUGGGGAUGGGGAACUCGAUCACACCUCAGCGCGGGUGGGGAUGGGGAACUCGAUCACACCUCAGCGCGGGUGGGGAUGGGGAACUCGAUCACACCUCAGCGCGGGUGGGGAUGGGGAACUCGAUCACACCUCAGCGCGGGUGGGGAUGGGGAACUCGAUCACACCUCAGCGCGGGUGGGGAUGGGGAACUCGAUCACACCUCAGCGCGGGUGGGGAUGGGGAACUCGAUCACACCUCAGCGCGGGUGGGGAUGGGGAACUCGAUCACACCUCAGCGCGGGUGGGGAUGGGGAACUCGAUCACACCUCAGCGCGGGUGGGGAUGGGGAACUCGAUCACACCUCAGCGCGGGUGGGGAUGGGGAACUCGAUCACACCUCAGCGCGGGUGGGGAUGGGGAACUCGAUCACACCUCAGCGCGGGUGGGGAUGGGGAACUCGAUCACACCUCAGCGCGGGUGGGGAUGGGGAACUCGAUCACACCUCAGCGCGGGUGGGGAUGGGGAACUCGAUCACACCUCAGCGCGGGUGGGGAUGGGGAACUCGAUCACACCUCAGCGCGGGUGGGGAUGGGGAACUCGAUCACACCUCAGCGCGGGUGGGGAUGGGGAACUCGAUCACACCUCAGCGCGGGUGGGGAUGGGGAACUCGAUCACACCUCAGCGCGGGUGGGGAUGGGGAACUCGAUCACACCUCAGCGCGGGUGGGGAUGGGGAACUCGAUCACACCUCAGCGCGGGUGGGGAUGGGGAACUCGAUCACACCUCAGCGCGGGUGGGGAUGGGGAACUCGAUCACACCUCAGCGCGGGUGGGGAUGGGGAACUCGAUCACACCUCAGCGCGGGUGGGGAUGGGGAACUCGAUCACACCUCAGCGCGGGUGGGGAUGGGGAACUCGAUCACACCUCAGCGCGGGUGGGGAUGGGGAACUCGAUCACACCUCAGCGCGGGUGGGGAUGGGGAACUCGAUCACACCUCAGCGCGGGUGGGGAUGGGGAACUCGAUCACACCUCAGCGCGGGUGGGGAUGGGGAACUCGAUCACACCUCAGCGCGGGUGGGGAUGGGGAACUCGAUCACACCUCAGCGCGGGUGGGGAUGGGGAACUCGAUCACACCUCAGCGCGGGUGGGGAUGGGGAACUCGAUCACACCUCAGCGCGGGUGGGGAUGGGGAACUCGAUCACACCUCAGCGCGGGUGGGGAUGGGGAACUCGAUCACACCUCAGCGCGGGUGGGGAUGGGGAACUCGAUCACACCUCAGCGCGGGUGGGGAUGGGGAACUCGAUCACACCUCAGCGCGGGUGGGGAUGGGGAACUCGAUCACACCUCAGCGCGGGUGGGGAUGGGGAACUCGAUCACACCUCAGCGCGGGUGGGGAUGGGGAACUCGAUCACACCUCAGCGCGGGUGGGGAUGGGGAACUCGAUCACACCUCAGCGCGGGUGGGGAUGGGGAACUCGAUCACACCUCAGCGCGGGUGGGGAUGGGGAACUCGAUCACACCUCAGCGCGGGUGGGGAUGGGGAACUCGAUCACACCUCAGCGCGGGUGGGGAUGGGGAACUCGAUCACACCUCAGCGCGGGUGGGGAUGGGGAACUCGAUCACACCUCAGCGCGGGUGGGGAUGGGGAACUCGAUCACACCUCAGCGCGGGUGGGGAUGGGGAACUCGAUCACACCUCAGCGCGGGUGGGGAUGGGGAACUCGAUCACACCUCAGCGCGGGUGGGGAUGGGGAACUCGAUCACACCUCAGCGCGGGUGGGGAUGGGGAACUCGAUCACACCUCAGCGCGGGUGGGGAUGGGGAACUCGAUCACACCUCAGCGCGGGUGGGGAUGGGGAACUCGAUCACACCUCAGCGCGGGUGGGGAUGGGGAACUCGAUCACACCUCAGCGCGGGUGGGGAUGGGGAACUCGAUCACACCUCAGCGCGGGUGGGGAUGGGGAACUCGAUCACACCUCAGCGCGGGUGGGGAUGGGGAACUCGAUCACACCUCAGCGCGGGUGGGGAUGGGGAACUCGAUCACACCUCAGCGCGGGUGGGGAUGGGGAACUCGAUCACACCUCAGCGCGGGUGGGGAUGGGGAACUCGAUCACACCUCAGCGCGGGUGGGGAUGGGGAACUCGAUCACACCUCAGCGCGGGUGGGGAUGGGGAACUCGAUCACACCUCAGCGCGGGUGGGGAUGGGGAACUCGAUCACACCUCAGCGCGGGUGGGGAUGGGGAACUCGAUCACACCUCAGCGCGGGUGGGGAUGGGGAACUCGAUCACACCUCAGCGCGGGUGGGGAUGGGGAACUCGAUCACACCUCAGCGCGGGUGGGGAUGGGGAACUCGAUCACACCUCAGCGCGGGUGGGGAUGGGGAACUCGAUCACACCUCAGCGCGGGUGGGGAUGGGGAACUCGAUCACACCUCAGCGCGGGUGGGGAUGGGGAACUCGAUCACACCUCAGCGCGGGUGGGGAUGGGGAACUCGAUCACACCUCAGCGCGGGUGGGGAUGGGGAACUCGAUCACACCUCAGCGCGGGUGGGGAUGGGGAACUCGAUCACACCUCAGCGCGGGUGGGGAUGGGGAACUCGAUCACACCUCAGCGCGGGUGGGGAUGGGGAACUCGAUCACACCUCAGCGCGGGUGGGGAUGGGGAACUCGAUCACACCUCAGCGCGGGUGGGGAUGGGGAACUCGAUCACACCUCAGCGCGGGUGGGGAUGGGGAACUCGAUCACACCUCAGCGCGGGUGGGGAUGGGGAACUCGAUCACACCUCAGCGCGGGUGGGGAUGGGGAACUCGAUCACACCUCAGCGCGGGUGGGGAUGGGGAACUCGAUCACACCUCAGCGCGGGUGGGGAUGGGGAACUCGAUCACACCUCAGCGCGGGUGGGGAUGGGGAACUCGAUCACACCUCAGCGCGGGUGGGGAUGGGGAACUCGAUCACACCUCAGCGCGGGUGGGGAUGGGGAACUCGAUCACACCUCAGCGCGGGUGGGGAUGGGGAACUCGAUCACACCUCAGCGCGGGUGGGGAUGGGGAACUCGAUCACACCUCAGCGCGGGUGGGGAUGGGGAACUCGAUCACACCUCAGCGCGGGUGGGGAUGGGGAACUCGAUCACACCUCAGCGCGGGUGGGGAUGGGGAACUCGAUCACACCUCAGCGCGGGUGGGGAUGGGGAACUCGAUCACACCUCAGCGCGGGUGGGGAUGGGGAACUCGAUCACACCUCAGCGCGGGUGGGGAUGGGGAACUCGAUCACACCUCAGCGCGGGUGGGGAUGGGGAACUCGAUCACACCUCAGCGCGGGUGGGGAUGGGGAACUCGAUCACACCUCAGCGCGGGUGGGGAUGGGGAACUCGAUCACACCUCAGCGCGGGUGGGGAUGGGGAACUCGAUCACACCUCAGCGCGGGUGGGGAUGGGGAACUCGAUCACACCUCAGCGCGGGUGGGGAUGGGGAACUCGAUCACACCUCAGCGCGGGUGGGGAUGGGGAACUCGAUCACACCUCAGCGCGGGUGGGGAUGGGGAACUCGAUCACACCUCAGCGCGGGUGGGGAUGGGGAACUCGAUCACACCUCAGCGCGGGUGGGGAUGGGGAACUCGAUCACACCUCAGCGCGGGUGGGGAUGGGGAACUCGAUCACACCUCAGCGCGGGUGGGGAUGGGGAACUCGAUCACACCUCAGCGCGGGUGGGGAUGGGGAACUCGAUCACACCUCAGCGCGGGUGGGGAUGGGGAACUCGAUCACACCUCAGCGCGGGUGGGGAUGGGGAACUCGAUCACACCUCAGCGCGGGUGGGGAUGGGGAACUCGAUCACACCUCAGCGCGGGUGGGGAUGGGGAACUCGAUCACACCUCAGCGCGGGUGGGGAUGGGGAACUCGAUCACACCUCAGCGCGGGUGGGGAUGGGGAACUCGAUCACACCUCAGCGCGGGUGGGGAUGGGGAACUCGAUCACACCUCAGCGCGGGUGGGGAUGGGGAACUCGAUCACACCUCAGCGCGGGUGGGGAUGGGGAACUCGAUCACACCUCAGCGCGGGUGGGGAUGGGGAACUCGAUCACACCUCAGCGCGGGUGGGGAUGGGGAACUCGAUCACACCUCAGCGCGGGUGGGGAUGGGGAACUCGAUCACACCUCAGCGCGGGUGGGGAUGGGGAACUCGAUCACACCUCAGCGCGGGUGGGGAUGGGGAACUCGAUCACACCUCAGCGCGGGUGGGGAUGGGGAACUCGAUCACACCUCAGCGCGGGUGGGGAUGGGGAACUCGAUCACACCUCAGCGCGGGUGGGGAUGGGGAACUCGAUCACACCUCAGCGCGGGUGGGGAUGGGGAACUCGAUCACACCUCAGCGCGGGUGGGGAUGGGGAACUCGAUCACACCUCAGCGCGGGUGGGGAUGGGGAACUCGAUCACACCUCAGCGCGGGUGGGGAUGGGGAACUCGAUCACACCUCAGCGCGGGUGGGGAUGGGGAACUCGAUCACACCUCAGCGCGGGUGGGGAUGGGGAACUCGAUCACACCUCAGCGCGGGUGGGGAUGGGGAACUCGAUCACACCUCAGCGCGGGUGGGGAUGGGGAACUCGAUCACACCUCAGCGCGGGUGGGGAUGGGGAACUCGAUCACACCUCAGCGCGGGUGGGGAUGGGGAACUCGAUCACACCUCAGCGCGGGUGGGGAUGGGGAACUCGAUCACACCUCAGCGCGGGUGGGGAUGGGGAACUCGAUCACACCUCAGCGCGGGUGGGGAUGGGGAACUCGAUCACACCUCAGCGCGGGUGGGGAUGGGGAACUCGAUCACACCUCAGCGCGGGUGGGGAUGGGGAACUCGAUCACACCUCAGCGCGGGUGGGGAUGGGGAACUCGAUCACACCUCAGCGCGGGUGGGGAUGGGGAACUCGAUCACACCUCAGCGCGGGUGGGGAUGGGGAACUCGAUCACACCUCAGCGCGGGUGGGGAUGGGGAACUCGAUCACACCUCAGCGCGGGUGGGGAUGGGGAACUCGAUCACACCUCAGCGCGGGUGGGGAUGGGGAACUCGAUCACACCUCAGCGCGGGUGGGGAUGGGGAACUCGAUCACACCUCAGCGCGGGUGGGGAUGGGGAACUCGAUCACACCUCAGCGCGGGUGGGGAUGGGGAACUCGAUCACACCUCAGCGCGGGUGGGGAUGGGGAACUCGAUCACACCUCAGCGCGGGUGGGGAUGGGGAACUCGAUCACACCUCAGCGCGGGUGGGGAUGGGGAACUCGAUCACACCUCAGCGCGGGUGGGGAUGGGGAACUCGAUCACACCUCAGCGCGGGUGGGGAUGGGGAACUCGAUCACACCUCAGCGCGGGUGGGGAUGGGGAACUCGAUCACACCUCAGCGCGGGUGGGGAUGGGGAACUCGAUCACACCUCAGCGCGGGUGGGGAUGGGGAACUCGAUCACACCUCAGCGCGGGUGGGGAUGGGGAACUCGAUCACACCUCAGCGCGGGUGGGGAUGGGGAACUCGAUCACACCUCAGCGCGGGUGGGGAUGGGGAACUCGAUCACACCUCAGCGCGGGUGGGGAUGGGGAACUCGAUCACACCUCAGCGCGGGUGGGGAUGGGGAACUCGAUCACACCUCAGCGCGGGUGGGGAUGGGGAACUCGAUCACACCUCAGCGCGGGUGGGGAUGGGGAACUCGAUCACACCUCAGCGCGGGUGGGGAUGGGGAACUCGAUCACACCUCAGCGCGGGUGGGGAUGGGGAACUCGAUCACACCUCAGCGCGGGUGGGGAUGGGGAACUCGAUCACACCUCAGCGCGGGUGGGGAUGGGGAACUCGAUCACACCUCAGCGCGGGUGGGGAUGGGGAACUCGAUCACACCUCAGCGCGGGUGGGGAUGGGGAACUCGAUCACACCUCAGCGCGGGUGGGGAUGGGGAACUCGAUCACACCUCAGCGCGGGUGGGGAUGGGGAACUCGAUCACACCUCAGCGCGGGUGGGGAUGGGGAACUCGAUCACACCUCAGCGCGGGUGGGGAUGGGGAACUCGAUCACACCUCAGCGCGGGUGGGGAUGGGGAACUCGAUCACACCUCAGCGCGGGUGGGGAUGGGGAACUCGAUCACACCUCAGCGCGGGUGGGGAUGGGGAACUCGAUCACACCUCAGCGCGGGUGGGGAUGGGGAACUCGAUCACACCUCAGCGCGGGUGGGGAUGGGGAACUCGAUCACACCUCAGCGCGGGUGGGGAUGGGGAACUCGAUCACACCUCAGCGCGGGUGGGGAUGGGGAACUCGAUCACACCUCAGCGCGGGUGGGGAUGGGGAACUCGAUCACACCUCAGCGCGGGUGGGGAUGGGGAACUCGAUCACACCUCAGCGCGGGUGGGGAUGGGGAACUCGAUCACACCUCAGCGCGGGUGGGGAUGGGGAACUCGAUCACACCUCAGCGCGGGUGGGGAUGGGGAACUCGAUCACACCUCAGCGCGGGUGGGGAUGGGGAACUCGAUCACACCUCAGCGCGGGUGGGGAUGGGGAACUCGAUCACACCUCAGCGCGGGUGGGGAUGGGGAACUCGAUCACACCUCAGCGCGGGUGGGGAUGGGGAACUCGAUCACACCUCAGCGCGGGUGGGGAUGGGGAACUCGAUCACACCUCAGCGCGGGUGGGGAUGGGGAACUCGAUCACACCUCAGCGCGGGUGGGGAUGGGGAACUCGAUCACACCUCAGCGCGGGUGGGGAUGGGGAACUCGAUCACACCUCAGCGCGGGUGGGGAUGGGGAACUCGAUCACACCUCAGCGCGGGUGGGGAUGGGGAACUCGAUCACACCUCAGCGCGGGUGGGGAUGGGGAACUCGAUCACACCUCAGCGCGGGUGGGGAUGGGGAACUCGAUCACACCUCAGCGCGGGUGGGGAUGGGGAACUCGAUCACACCUCAGCGCGGGUGGGGAUGGGGAACUCGAUCACACCUCAGCGCGGGUGGGGAUGGGGAACUCGAUCACACCUCAGCGCGGGUGGGGAUGGGGAACUCGAUCACACCUCAGCGCGGGUGGGGAUGGGGAACUCGAUCACACCUCAGCGCGGGUGGGGAUGGGGAACUCGAUCACACCUCAGCGCGGGUGGGGAUGGGGAACUCGAUCACACCUCAGCGCGGGUGGGGAUGGGGAACUCGAUCACACCUCAGCGCGGGUGGGGAUGGGGAACUCGAUCACACCUCAGCGCGGGUGGGGAUGGGGAACUCGAUCACACCUCAGCGCGGGUGGGGAUGGGGAACUCGAUCACACCUCAGCGCGGGUGGGGAUGGGGAACUCGAUCACACCUCAGCGCGGGUGGGGAUGGGGAACUCGAUCACACCUCAGCGCGGGUGGGGAUGGGGAACUCGAUCACACCUCAGCGCGGGUGGGGAUGGGGAACUCGAUCACACCUCAGCGCGGGUGGGGAUGGGGAACUCGAUCACACCUCAGCGCGGGUGGGGAUGGGGAACUCGAUCACACCUCAGCGCGGGUGGGGAUGGGGAACUCGAUCACACCUCAGCGCGGGUGGGGAUGGGGAACUCGAUCACACCUCAGCGCGGGUGGGGAUGGGGAACUCGAUCACACCUCAGCGCGGGUGGGGAUGGGGAACUCGAUCACACCUCAGCGCGGGUGGGGAUGGGGAACUCGAUCACACCUCAGCGCGGGUGGGGAUGGGGAACUCGAUCACACCUCAGCGCGGGUGGGGAUGGGGAACUCGAUCACACCUCAGCGCGGGUGGGGAUGGGGAACUCGAUCACACCUCAGCGCGGGUGGGGAUGGGGAACUCGAUCACACCUCAGCGCGGGUGGGGAUGGGGAACUCGAUCACACCUCAGCGCGGGUGGGGAUGGGGAACUCGAUCACACCUCAGCGCGGGUGGGGAUGGGGAACUCGAUCACACCUCAGCGCGGGUGGGGAUGGGGAACUCGAUCACACCUCAGCGCGGGUGGGGAUGGGGAACUCGAUCACACCUCAGCGCGGGUGGGGAUGGGGAACUCGAUCACACCUCAGCGCGGGUGGGGAUGGGGAACUCGAUCACACCUCAGCGCGGGUGGGGAUGGGGAACUCGAUCACACCUCAGCGCGGGUGGGGAUGGGGAACUCGAUCACACCUCAGCGCGGGUGGGGAUGGGGAACUCGAUCACACCUCAGCGCGGGUGGGGAUGGGGAACUCGAUCACACCUCAGCGCGGGUGGGGAUGGGGAACUCGAUCACACCUCAGCGCGGGUGGGGAUGGGGAACUCGAUCACACCUCAGCGCGGGUGGGGAUGGGGAACUCGAUCACACCUCAGCGCGGGUGGGGAUGGGGAACUCGAUCACACCUCAGCGCGGGUGGGGAUGGGGAACUCGAUCACACCUCAGCGCGGGUGGGGAUGGGGAACUCGAUCACACCUCAGCGCGGGUGGGGAUGGGGAACUCGAUCACACCUCAGCGCGGGUGGGGAUGGGGAACUCGAUCACACCUCAGCGCGGGUGGGGAUGGGGAACUCGAUCACACCUCAGCGCGGGUGGGGAUGGGGAACUCGAUCACACCUCAGCGCGGGUGGGGAUGGGGAACUCGAUCACACCUCAGCGCGGGUGGGGAUGGGGAACUCGAUCACACCUCAGCGCGGGUGGGGAUGGGGAACUCGAUCACACCUCAGCGCGGGUGGGGAUGGGGAACUCGAUCACACCUCAGCGCGGGUGGGGAUGGGGAACUCGAUCACACCUCAGCGCGGGUGGGGAUGGGGAACUCGAUCACACCUCAGCGCGGGUGGGGAUGGGGAACUCGAUCACACCUCAGCGCGGGUGGGGAUGGGGAACUCGAUCACACCUCAGCGCGGGUGGGGAUGGGGAACUCGAUCACACCUCAGCGCGGGUGGGGAUGGGGAACUCGAUCACACCUCAGCGCGGGUGGGGAUGGGGAACUCGAUCACACCUCAGCGCGGGUGGGGAUGGGGAACUCGAUCACACCUCAGCGCGGGUGGGGAUGGGGAACUCGAUCACACCUCAGCGCGGGUGGGGAUGGGGAACUCGAUCACACCUCAGCGCGGGUGGGGAUGGGGAACUCGAUCACACCUCAGCGCGGGUGGGGAUGGGGAACUCGAUCACACCUCAGCGCGGGUGGGGAUGGGGAACUCGAUCACACCUCAGCGCGGGUGGGGAUGGGGAACUCGAUCACACCUCAGCGCGGGUGGGGAUGGGGAACUCGAUCAUGGACUCGAGGAGGUGCGAGGCGACGAUGACAGGCUUGUUGAGGGCGCGGCAGAUGUCCACCAUGUCCUGCUGCACGCCCGGCACCUCCUCCAGCGGCACCUGCGCGCCCAGGUCGCCCCUCGCCACCAUCGCCCCGUCCGACGCCGCUAUGAUCUCCUCCAGCCGCCCCACCGCCUCCACACUCUCUAUCUUGGCUAUCAGCGCUAUGGGGCUGGGGGAAGACAGGAAGACGGAGGAGGGGAGUGAGGAAGGGGGGUGUGGUGAUGAUGGGUGA